AUGGACAGCAUCACUGCAAACGAUUACGAUACGGAGUCAAUGAAAGGUUUGUACAAUGUCACACUCGAGGUUACAAAGUCCCCCUCCGGGGUCCAUAGUGACAACAAUGGUGACGCCGAUGAGGCAGAAACCAAUAAAGGCUACAAAAAUGUCAAUCCAGAUUGUGUGAAUGCAUUAGCCGCCAAUAACUCUCGCAAGCAGGAGGAGAAGUACCUCGCGAUGUUUAACGAUUUUAAUUCACACAAUCUACUCGAUGUCCCAGAUUCUGCGAGUCCGCCAAGAUAUCAACCAACUCUCUCAGGUGUGGAUUACACCUUUUCCUACGUGGGGUCAUCCCCCUUCGCCUCUGUUGUGCAAACAAACGAUGCAGAUGGUACCCCGGAAGGAAGAAUGGAGCCGCUUUCAGACGCGUACCCUUCUGCUAACGGAAACGCACAUCAGUCGUCGGCAAAUGAACCGUCAAACAAUGCGCCCUGCGUUUACGCCUCCAUUGAAACAUCUCCACUGCAAGGCCGUCGUCUUAAUUUUCGAGCGUUUCUCACGAAGAAAACCGUCCCCACUUCGAUUAUGAAAGAGGGCCAGGCUGGAGUGUUUGUUGGGCAGCUUCCUUCCACUUACACGGAGGAGGAUACUGCUGCGUUGCUACGGGCGAUUGGUGACGACGCGGGUGUACCAGUUCACGUACGAGACGUGAAGAGUCACAACCAAAGCCGUACAUGCGCCUUCGUAACAGUCAAUCAAGGGGCUCUGCAGGUGCUACUUGGCUAUUCGAAGCGUGUUUUGUGUGAUUCCGUUUGCGUAUGGGUUGUAGAACCUGAGAAGGCACAGUAUCUGAAGGACUUUGUAGAUGGAUUGGUGCGGGAGCGAUUGCGUGGCGUCCCGAAGGCAGCACUUGUGUUGGAACAACUCACACCGCAGUAUGUAAGAGGGCAGGCUAGUGGCGGAAAGGAGUGGAAAGGUGCAAGUCCCCAUGGAAGAGAUGUUAUGGGUCCUGUGGAUGGUUUCUUUAUGGCAAUGCCCACUAUGAUAACUUCCACCGCUCCUCCACCACCGCCGCCCAAUGGCUCCGAAGGCCAAGUUGUCGCAGGCACUCAUAUGCCGAUGAGUGUUUUGAUGCCUUCGUGGGGAGCCGUCCAGCAAACGGCGGGAAGACGACCCACCGCUGCUCCUAACGGGUCGCAGGUGGUGGGUGCAUUUCCUGGUGCUAAUAUUUAUGGUAAUCCAGGUGCUUGCUUUAUUGCGGUACCUCCACCAGGCCCUGUUGCGGCUCGUUCACAGCAAGUGAAUCUUUGCGUGAUGGCCCCGGGUACGGGCGCUAUGCAACCGGUGCCAUAUGUAACAAAUUAUGCCGGUGGAAAUAUGUACGCCCAAGCCGCCACUGCUGGUAGUGCCCCUGCUACGGUAACUAUGCAACAGGCGGGUACGAGUGCAUCACCCGUGCAAGUUGGAAUGGGUGGUUUCGGCCAGCAGGUUGCAGGUGGCUCUACCGUAUAUUUGCAAUCCGUCCCACCUUAUGCGUUACAUCAGGUAUUGCAGCAGCCGCAACAAUAG